AUGGCUAGUAACACUGAGGACCGGCUCGCGGCGCUUGAAGCGCGUAUCAACCUGCUCGAAGACCACAACGCUGUGCGCAAGCUGCAGCACACGUAUGGCUACUACCUCGACAAGUGCCUGUAUAACCAAGUUGUUGACCUCUUUGCUGAGGACUGUGAGGUCCAGUUCCAUGGUGGGGUGUUCAAGGGCAAGUCGGGCGCGAGGAGGCUGUAUAUCGAGAGGUUCCAGAAGGCGUUCGUGGGAGGGAGGAAUGGGCCUGUAUUCGGGUUCCUUCUUGAUCAUCCCGUGAUGCAGGAUAUCAUUGACGUCUCCCCCGACCGGAAGACCGCCAAGGCCCGCAUGCGCUGCUUGAUGAUGCAAGCUGGCACGCACGAUAAUGCCAUCGAUCCUAACUCUGCGAACCAGCCGCGUUUGCGCCAGUGGUGGGAGGGCGGGAUAUACGAGAAUACGUAUGCGCGUGGGGAGGACGGGAAGUGGAGGAUCAAGAUUCUGAAUUACAGGGCUCUGUGGCAUGCUACUUUCGAGGACGGAUGGGCACACACCAAGCCGACAUUCGUGCCAUUCCUCAGCAAGACUGUGGCACAGGGAGAUCCUCUUGGGCCUGAUGAGCUGUACGAGGACAAAUGGCUCUGGCCGGACACACACACCGUGCCCUUCCACUACCCACACCCCAUUACAGGAGAAUGGGUUACCAAAGAGGAGCUUCAUGAUCCACCCAAGGGCGACAAUGGUAUCAGCGCGUUUGCGGAUGUCAAGAGUUGA